CCUGUAUGUCUACACAUCAUUAGGCCCAACAUCGCAAAGAUUGUAUGUGAUUCACCGAAGCUAGUGCGUCUGAAGGAACUAGUGGAAGUAUAUGCAAAUGUCAAAUUGCUACCCAAUGUGCUGGAUGUCUACAAAAAGCCGAAAAUUGAACUCCAGAUUCCUAACUUUGACACACCAUCAUCUAAGAGAUACGAUAAAGACUCAACUCUGAAACGUGAAAAGGCUGAAUACAAAUCAUUGAGGAGAGAAUUUAUGCAUAGAGCAGCCAGUGAAGCUAAACAACGUAGUCUCGCGUUGCAACAACGUAAAGCAAAAACACACGAGAAAUAUCGCAAAGUGAUGCGUGAUGCAAUGGUUGAACAGGAUAUGUUGCGCAAAGAAUUCACCAAACCCACUUAAAUAAUUUUCUCAUAUAAAAAUGCUAAGGGGGUAUCGCAGGUUCUUCGGCACUAUUAAAAUACAUCAGUUUAACGAAGCAGCCUUAAAUAAACUUCAGGCUCUGCACGAUUCACUAGAAAGCGUCGAAGAUGUCACAUCAUUGUCAUUCGACGGAACGGUGCUUUCAGCAGAAAUAGAACCCAACCAUUAUAUUGUGAUAAAUAAACAUGAAGCUUCACAGCAGAUAUGGUAUAGCUCAUUUAGUGGUGUUGAUUAUUUCUCCCCCGAAAAUGGGAAAUGGAAGUCUAAUCGAACCGGCCGGGAACUUGGCACCGCUGUACAAAGUGAUGUACUGGCUGCAACUGGUAAACUAAUUGAUAUCAACAAUGUAAACAGCUAAAUAGGAAGACAAAUCAAGUCUUUAGUACACGCGAUUUCCGCCUCUUGCUCUAAGCGGUUGAUUGCCUCCUCGAUUACAGAAUCUAUA